AUGUUCGAGCAUAAACAGAUUGAUGAUUCGGACGACAAUGACGCUUCGGGUUCUGCUUUGGAUGCAGAGGACCUGGAGGGUGAGAGGGAGAGAGUUCAAAGAGAGAUUGAGGAGUUGGAGCGCUCUCUAGGGACUGAUGCAAUCAUUCUGUCUGAUGAGGAGGAUGGAGGGAUUGCACCAGAGGGGAGUGAGGAGGCCAGUGAGGAGGAGCUUGAUCUGCCUCAGACGGCGGAGUCCUGCCUGCAGAUGAACCUGGUCUACCAGGAAGUCCUGAGGGAGAAGAUGGAGGAGCUGGAGAAGCAUCUGGCUGACAACAAGCAACAGCAGAAAGAGCUAGUGGCUCAAAUGUCGGGACCAGGCCCUUCAGACGGCUGUGCCAAGAACUCCAUACCUAACUACAACCCUAACAACCUGUUCAUGGGACAUUUCCUCAGACCCUACUUCAAGGACAAGCUCACAGCCCUGGGACCCCCAGCCAACCCAGAGACUAAGGAGAAGAACAGCAAAGAGAACAGGGGGGCGGGGAUGGCGAAAGUAAAAAGAUGGACAGGCUGGCAGAAGGCACUCCUGGUCAACUCUGUGGUCAGGGACUGUAUGAGGCUGAUGAUUAAACCCAAACUGACCAAGGUGGAAUAUCUGACCGAGAAGAUUUCUAAAACGGACAGUGGAGCCGAGAAGCAGAACCUGCGCCAGCAGAUCGACCAGUUAGAGAAGGAAAUAGAAGAGAUCAGGGCGAAGAAGGAGGAGGAGCUGACUGGUAGCCGCCUUGAUGAACACGACUGGGAGAAGAUCGCCAAUAUUGAUUUCGAAGGUCUGCAGGAUGCGGAGAACAUCAAGCUUUUCUGGCAAAACUGCCUUCACCCCUCAAUCAACAAGAACAUCUGGAAGGAUAAAGAGAUCGACAAGCUUAGGAUCGUAGCGCACAAAAACCUCUGCAUCAAUUGGGAGCUGAUUGCUGAACAGCUGGGGACCAACAGGACAGGCUUCAUGUGUCUGCAGGCCUUCCAGCGCUACGUCUCCAAGACCUUCAAAAAGGGCCCCUGGCAACCUCAAGACGACCAGCAACUCAGAGAUCUGACGGAGAAGAUGCGAGUUGGAAACUUCAUCCCCUACACGCAGAUGUCGUACUUCAUGGAAGGGAGACCCGCUUCACAGGUGAUGUACCGCUGGACCAUGGUUCUAGACCCAUCCCUCAAAAAAGGGCACUGGACCCCAGAUGAAGACCAGCUGCUCCUGAAAGCUGUGUCCAAGUAUGGCGCCGGGAGGUGGUGGAAGAUAAAGCAAGACGUCCCAGGCAGGACUGACACCCAAUGCCGCGACAGGUACCUGGACUGCUUGAGAGAGGGUGUGAAGAAGGGUCCCUGGUCUCCAGAGGAGAUGUUGUUACUGAAAGAAAUGGUGAAAAAACAUGGAGAAGGGAAGUGGGCUGCGAUCUCCAGGGAGAUCCCAAACAGACUGGACUCCCAGUGUAUGACUCAGUGGAGUAAGUUAAAGCGGCACAAAAGCGGGUUGACAAAGAAGCAGUCCAGAGCGAUGAGGAAGAGUGUGAGAAAAAGGAUCAGGAAGAGACUGCAGAAGCUGGAGGAGGAAGAGGAGGGAUCCACCUCGGAGGAAGAAGAUCCGACACAAAUCGUUUACAUGGACAGCGAUGAUGAGACCAAGGGGGAAAAGCGAAAAAGGGGGGCUGUGGAGAGCGAGACGGAGGAGGAAGUUGAGAGACUUACUUACUUGAUCCCCCCCCUCGAAAAAUGGAUUCCAACAUGGGACCCUAAUGCCAGGGGCUCUGGGACCCUAAAUACUGUGUUUGUAGAGCUGCCAAGUGUUAACUCCUCUCAAGAGGUUCCUGACACAUCUGGACUUAACCAUGGCCAGCCUAGCAGCUCAGUACACCCCAGCCAGGACCCCCCCACACACCAGAAUGUAAUGGUUCGCUCCACCAUCCUGGAUCGCUUUGGAAACUACUUGGAAUCUGUGGUGGGGGACAACCCUGCAGUACUGGCCAAGAAGGAUCGCCACAGUCUGCUGGCCAUGCUCAAGGUGCCGUUCGCAGAAAUCAAGGAGCUGAUGCUCUGGAGAGGAGUCUGUGCCUCCAGGAAGAGGAACAGCUUCCGGUCCGGUCCAGUGAGAACGUUCCACAGGCCGUCCAGCAUGACCAGCAACACCAGUCUGCACCACGCCCUCCUGGUGGCGGUCACCCCCUGGGUGGGCAACCUGCUGCUGCCCGCGCCCCUCACCAAGAACAGACCCUGGAAACUGGACGUGGUUCGAGAGAGAGCAGAAGCGUUGGAACUCACCAGCACCCCAGUGUUCAAGUUCUUUCUGCAGGCGCUCCGCGUCGACACCGACGGCUGCAAGAAGAUCAUCCAGCAUCGCCAGAAUCCGCAGAGGAUGCAGCUCGUUCCUGUCCAGCCUGUGCAAAAUCGGCAGACAACGUUUCAAAGCACGGUGGCCAACAGGCUACAGCAAGUCAGAAAAAUACCUGGGAACUCGAUGACACAGCAGAAUAGUCGACAAUCUGCAGCUCCGAUCUCAUCAGUCUUCAUGGGUCCUUCACCUGUGUUCAUCACGCAGCCCAUAGUACAGGGUCAACGACUUCCUGUACAAGCCCACUCACUUCCUGUCCAAGGCACCAGAAUUCCUGUCCGGGCAUCUCCUCUUCCUGUCCCUGGAGUUCCAAUGGUUAGAUUUGUCGUGGCGAAGGGUCAGAAACCCGUCCCCCUCAACACCACCCUACCAGGCCCCCUCACAUCCCCCUCCCCACACAUCCUCUGCCUCCAAUCCCCCCCUAUCCCGUCAUCCAGUUCCAACUUUAACCCCCUAACCUGCAGUGCUAACACAUUAUCCACCCCUACCAUUCUGCGUGUCCCCCUCCAAACAAACUCCUUCCGGUCACCUCCAGGCAGGACCAUCGUAGCAGAGAUCAGCGUGUCUCCCAAGGUGAGCAGUCCCGCUGUGGGGAAACGAGCUCGUAAACCGACCGAAAAGGUCAAAGCUCUCUUGGAGAAAGGCAAAAGGGCCGAUGGAGUGUCACCCAGACGCAAGAGAACCUGCAAAGAAGCUGCUCCUGAACCCAAAGCCCUCCUGAAGACUGAUGGAAAGUCGCCCGGAUUCAGGAAAACCUGCAUGCAGAUCGCUCCUAAAGCCGACCCUCAGACAUGCUCUCCCACGCCCUGGACCAUCACAAAUGAAAAGCCAGCUCCUCCUCCUCCCUUGGAUAUAAACAUUGUCUAUUCCAUAGCCGGCCAGCGGUCCCUCCGCCCGAAACAGCCGGAUAGCCAACAGACACCAUCCACCAACGCUAUAACCAACGAUCAUUCAAGCUAUACAAUGUCCACCAAUCCUGGUACUGCUCUGACGCAAUCUUACAGUCCAAACCUAAACCCUCAGACAACCAUCACAAAUUCCACCGCAACUACUACAUUUUCCACCAAUUCUGGCCAAGCUUUUGCACUCUCCACCAAUCCUGAUCCAGGUCUCACACCCUCCACCAGUCUUCCUGCAGUCUGUGGUCUGGUGCAAAGGGUGAGCCAGUCAUCUGCCGUGCCCGUAGACUCUCCACAAUCUCCAAGGUGUGCCCUCAAUGGUUCCACCCAAUCACAGCCUGGCUCUGGUCCCACCCAAUCACAACCUAAUCCAGGACCCACCAGUUCUGUUCCUAUGUUUUUUCUACAAUCAAAUUCUACCCCAUGGCCCCAUGGUUUAUCCCCCUUUAGUCCGCUGCAACAACAGUUUUCACCUGGUCCUUGCAGACCUUACAUCUUACAUGUUCAGCAACCAGGGACCCCAGGACCAGGGCCUGUGUUCAGGCAUCCCUCCCCAGGAACAAUCCCCUUCCUCAGGCAGUUGUCUCCAGGGUCUGGCCCCUUCCCUAUGCAGCAGGGCCAUCCUGGAUCCAGGCCGAUCCUAAGACAGAACCCCACUACUCUCAUCAGGCAUGUUUCCCCAGGACCACAACUUUUCUUCAGGCCAGUAUCUCCAGGAAUGACUGUCCCCCUGCCCACGCACACAGCCACGCCAAGCCUGCCCAGCAAUGUGAUCAUAGUCGACGCCACAGAGCCCAGUUUCAAACCCGAGCCCCUCCGCUUCGACCCCUCCUUGAUACUAACGGAGGAGCCGGCGCAGGUGAUCGAAUGGCUGACUGGCAAGACGGGCGUGGUGCUGCCGAAGCUGGAGGUGGCCUUGCCCUACCUGCCUCCCUUCUCCAGCAACCUGGCCUCCCUGUCUGCUUUGCUCAGGCACAAGAAGUCCCUGACCACCUCCGCUUUGCAGCUGCUGCCCCCGGAAGAGCAGGGCGCCAGCGAGGAGGAGAAGGUGGCCGCCGUCAGGGAGGUGAUAGCGGAACGCUUCGGGACGAACCCUGCGUACCUCAUGCUCAAGGCUCGCUUCCUGUCCUGCUACACCCUGCCCGCUUUUCUCGCCACGCUCAACCCGGUCAACGUGGAGGCUGAUUCGAGGUCAAACUCUCCAACCUUGGACAAUGGCGAGGGUGAAGAGCAGACGGAUUAUAGACUAAGUAAACGGGCAAAAGUCAGAGAUGGAUCUACAAGAAUGCAGAGUUCCUUGCUGGUAACAGACGGUACUGGCGCACCUGCCGCUCACUACUCUGGCAUCCCCUGCAACCAGAGCCACCUCCAAUCCUAAUGCAGAAGAUUGUUCCUCUUCUUAAAACCCAAAGCGUUCUGAAGGAUAUUUUGAUGUCAGAGAUUUUUGUGACCACAGUAGCUAUGGUACACUUCUUACGAUACAAAUGUUAUGUUUAUGCAAAUGUUUUCAAUUUCAUCUAUAUAUACUUAUUGUAAAAAGAGAUUCUGUUUAUAAAUGUUUUAAAUAAAUUGUUAUUU